AUCCCUUUUCACAAAACCUUUCUCAUCCUUUCCUUUGCAUGGACGAUAACAAUGUGAACAGAGAGAGCCUGGAAAGCCAAACUAACAUCUUUACAGAGAAACAUUAGCAUAAAAGAAAGCGAAACCCAGAAAGAAAGAAUUACUUUAUACAAUCCUAGAAAGCGAUACUUUUCUGCUAAUCUUGGUUCAUGUAUCAGUGUAUGUUAUUUCCAAUAUAAUGAUUUCUUAACCAAAUUCAAGACAAAAAAAAAAAAAAUCUAAAAACCAUAAGGAGAUUAUGUCUCUAAGACUACCUAGCGCCCCAGGGAGGAACUACCAGCUUUACUGGUGCUACCAGUGCCAUCAAUCUGUCCGGAUUGCCUCUACAAAUCCUUCAGAGAUCAUCUGCCCUCGAUGUUUUGGGCAGUUUGUUUGUGAGAUGGAAAUCAGCCGGCCAAGGAUGGUUGUUGAUUUCACUGCUUUUGAUCCCUCCCCUGAAGCUCGUUUGUUUGAAGCACUCUCACUUAUUAUGGAUCCUCCAAUCAGGCUAUUUAAUCGUGAUAAUUCUGAUUAUCAAGAACCUCUAGGCUGGCCUUUGUUCAGGCAUCGGAACAAUUUACUAGACUAUGAAUCUGAAAAUAGGCCCCGCGAGCGUCUUCAUAGGAGUAGAAGCCGUAGUUCUGAUGGAAGUGAAAAUAGAGAACAACAACCUGAAGCUCUACGUCGUCCUAGGACUUGGAUUAUUGUUAGACGUGUGGGUCCUUUUGGUUCAGGCAUAGCUGAACCAACUUUGCCGCAAGAAAACCCUGCACGCCCUGGUCUUGAUCCAAGAAACUUCUUUUUCGGACCAGGACUAAAUGAGUUGAUUGAGCAACUAACACAAAAUGACAGUCCAGGGGUACCUCCUGCUCCAGAGUCAAGAAUCGAUGCAAUUCCAACUGUGAAGAUCACGGGAACGCAUUUGAGCAACGGCUCCCAAUGUCCAGUUUGUAAGGAGGAAUUCGAGGUUGGUGGAGAGGCAAGGAAGCUGCCUUGUAACCAUAUAUUCCACAGUGACUGCAUUGUGCCAUGGUUAAGGCUUCACAAUUCUUGUCCUGUUUGCCGCCAAGAGUUGCCCGUUAGCUGUGAUGAAUAAUCUAGCAGUGAGUAUUUCUCUGAACCUGAUAUUUUUUCCAGAGAUGGCGGAAGAUGUUGGGGGCUUAGGCAGCUGGCUAGUAAUUUGUUGGUAUCAGAGAAUUAAUCAAAGUGACAGAAUUGGUUCUUCUAGUUAUGAAAAUUGAUUUUAAGUGAUUACAUAUUAUCAAUAUGAAUAAGAUUGCUAUCUGUUGGCAAGUUCAUCAGUACAAUUGAUAUAGAUUCGCUUCCUUUUAUCCAAAAAAACGCCUGGAUUUAUUUAAUUUUGAGAUACUCUUUAAUUUUUCCAGAAGUUGAAUCAAGGUUACACUGUUGCUGUAUUCUUUAACCUUUAUGUGCAGCUGUUCUUGGUUAUCCCAAAAAUUCAUGUGAACUUUGUUGCAAAACAUGUUU